AUGGAUAAUCCCAACGACUUGGAUGAGAAAGAGCCGGAUCAGGGCUCUGAGACCAAGCCUUCUCUAGCUCCAAAGAAAACCCCGGAUUACUUUAUUCCUGAAAUCAACCGUUUGGCUGCAGGUUAUCCUCACAGGUUGACUGAGCAGGGUGUCAUUGGGCUGAUUGUUACAUCUUCUACUCCGGAAGAUAUUGACUUUUGGCCUCAAAUCAUCGGACAGGAGCUUCUUUCUCGAGGCCAAGUCACUGAGGAUAUCGCUGAGAAUGUCGGCCUUCGAAUCCUGAGCCACUUUGCUAAGAAUAGCGGCAACUUUCUGAGGACCAUCUACGACAUCUCUGUUGCUAAAAAAGAAGCCGCGGCGAGAUUAGAAGCCUGGAAGGCUCGAGCAGCUGCAGAGGAGCGAGAGAAAACCAGAGAAGAAUUGCAACAAGCACUCUUUGACAGGGAGCUUGAGAGGCGAUAUGCGCGAGAGGGAGAUAUCCCCAAGUUCUCAUUGACAGUUACCCCCGCGUCUCCUGGAAUUUGCGCUCCAGCCUUCAAGGGCCGUUCUCGCGGCGCUCCAUCCGCAGCUACGAUUGUUGCUCGAAUCUCUGAAUAUGAGCAGCCCUCUGCGUGGUUGCCUACUGGGCCUCAACUAACUGCUUCAGAGUCAGAGUCAGGUUCACAGAAGAUUCUCGAGGGACCUGAUACUACAGUCGCAGUUGCACGUACCUUUGAGGAGGCCGCUACCCAAACCUCCCAAACGUCAGAUUCUGAUACCGAGCUUGGGGAAUCUGAAGAGUCUAACGUCGAGACUAGCCCUCGAUAUCCAUUGAUGAAAUUUGACUUUCCAUCUCCCGGUCCAAGCUUCGCCGCUUCUGCCAGCCCAGAAGUUCUGAAAGCCCUCGAGAAGUUUGGGCCACCGCCAGUCAAACCUGUUAGUAAGAAGAGAAAGAGAAGGAAUAAAAAUAAAUCAAAGCCACAACCUGGUAAAGAGACUAAAAGCUUUGGAACACAAACCUCUCCAUACCUUGUUAUGGCGCCGCCUGUCCGUGUUCCAGCUCUCCCAGCUCUCCCAGCUCUCCCAGCUCUCCCAGCUCCAAAUCCUGUCUCUUUACCUACCCUACCCUUGGCCCUCACAAGCAAAUAUGCCGGUGAGUUGGGUAAUCCUCAGAACUAUCGUACUAGUACGUUCAGUCGAAUACAUCGACAUCGCGACAAUGUUGAAAAACAACCUGUUCGGCAACAGACUGGCAGUCAAUCGAUUAACACGCACCAGAAUAACAAUCUAUUUGGUGAUGCUUUGCGGAGGAGCAGCGCCUUUGGUGGGCCUACUGCGUACGGUGGUCCCCUUAGGACGGGUAAGACUCCACUGAAGCCAAACUUCGGACAACCUUUCAUGUUAGCAGCUGCUCUUGGAAACAAUAUUGCUCAAAUGGGUGUUGUACAUACGAAUCCCAGAUUUACACCGAUCAAUCUGUUGGCGAAGCCGCUCUAUCCAGGUGUUCAGCAAUUCACUGGCAACGGACUUUCAGGAACUCCCUCUACGAAUACUAUCGGCCACCUAUCGGAGGCUUCCACUGUCACGAUUUCGUCUGAGAUCGAAAUCAAAGAUGGGGAAGAAUCUGAACCAGAAGAUGGCGAGAUUUGCUCAGAUGAUGGUACUGAAUAG